AUCUCCUUGUAUCUCAAUCUCACUAUCUCGUACCAUUCUCUCUCUCUCUCUCUCUCUCUCUCUCUCUCUCCGGCGAGAUUCGUGCUGUUUGAGAAUGGGUGCGGAGGCCAAUGGCUCACCGACGGCUAUCAAUUUCCUCAUCUAUGGACGGACAGGUUGGAUCGGUGGUCUGCUGGGCAAGCUCUGCGAAUCUCAGGGCAUUCCGUACACGUACGGCUCCGGUCGGCUCGAGGACCGUCGUUCGCUCCUCGCCGACAUUGAGGCCGUGAAGCCGAGCCACGUCUUCAACGCCGCCGGAGUCACCGGACGACCCAAUGUUGACUGGUGCGAGUCCCACAAGGUCGAGACCAUCCGUACGAAUGUUGUCGGAACCCUAACCAUCGCCGAUGUUUGUAAGGAGAAGGGUCUGAUCCUGAUCAAUUACGCCACUGGUUGUAUUUUCGAGUACGAUUCGGGUCAUCCUCUCGGGUCGGGUCUCGGGUUCAAGGAGGAGGACACUCCCAAUUUCACCGGAUCAUUCUACUCCAAAACCAAGGCCAUGGUCGAGGAACUGCUCAAGAACUAUGACAAUGUAUGCACACUCCGUGUCCGAAUGCCAAUCUCGUCGGAUCUCUCCAACCCGCGAAACUUCAUUACCAAAAUCUCUCGGUACAACAAAGUGGUCGACAUCCCCAACUCGAUGACCAUCCUCGACGAGCUCCUCCCAAUCUCCAUCGAGAUGGCAAAGCGAAACUUAACCGGGAUAUGGAACUUCACUAACCCGGGGGUCGUUAGCCACAACGAGAUCCUCGAGAUGUACAAGGAGUACAUCGACCCGAGCUUCACGUGGAAGAAUUUCACGGUGGAAGAACAGGCGAAAGUGAUCGUUGCCCCGAGGAGUAACAACGAGCUCGAUGCGACCAAGCUGAAAGCCGAGUUCCCCGAGAUGAUGUCGAUCAAGGAAUCGCUUGUCAAGUUCGUGUUCGAACCGAACAAGAAGACAGAGGUUAAAGCUUGAGAUCUGAAGGUGCGAUCCGAAAACUUGGACAGAGUUUUGGAUGAAGAAAGUAAGAGUUGUUUUUAGGGUUUUAUGUGUUGGAUCGAGAGCCGUGUUAUGAUUUUGUAUUUGCAUGAUGUUGUUGUAUUGUUAUAAACUUUGAUUAUUACAAAUAAAAUGUAUCAUGUCCCAUACAGCCAGAAUUUCUUUUC